AUGCCACCGAAAUGCUCGCACACCAUCCCCGCUUUCCUCCAGUCGAAGUUACCGAAUCCCAACCUCUGCCCGCCCUGCCUCAUAAAUCGACACAUCAAAGAAAUCCGCGACACGCAGCAGGGGAUCGAGACCCGUGGCGGGAUUUUGGCAUCCAAGAAGAAGGCCAUAGACGAGAAAGAAGCGAGCGGAAAGAAGGAUGUGCAGGCGAAGCGGCAUCGCGCGUGGAUGCGUAAAUGGAGGAGCGUGAAGAUUCAGGCUUGGGAGGACGUUGAGAUGCUUGAAGGGCUGUUGAAGGAAGAGCAGGUCAUAGAGGAGGAAGGUGAGGAGUUGGACUGGAGGAACAUGGUCCAGGAGGCCCUGGAUCUUUGGGAGGGGGCGAGGGAAGACAUGACGGUUGUGCCGGGUGUGCCAGGCGUUCUGCCGACCGAGGAUGAACAAGAUAAUCGAUCAGACGCCGACGACGACGACGGAAAUGACGCUGAGGCACGUCAGGAUGUCGGAUACAGCGACCAGGAGAAGGAACCGCAGGACAUUCCACUGCCGGCGACCUCGGAUGACGACCUCGCAGAGCCAGAGGAGCGGACACCGUCUCGGCGUACGCACCGUCCCCUGAAGCCAGUCAGGUUCCACGAUGUCGCGACCGUCCAUGACUCUACAUCGCCUAUCCAUACCGAACAGCCUCACAGCCCGCAUACUUUUGCCGACUCCCCGCUCCACCGAUCACGUGACAACUUCUACCGACCGUCACGCAAAUACAAGCCGCACAUCUGGUCGAGCCCCAAGGGGCAUGAGAAAGUGCAGACCAGCUGGUUCUUUCAGAGCUGGGAGGCGGUCGAGAGAGCUGGUCAGGGGUUUGAGGAGGAGGAGGAGGAGGAGGAUGAGGAUGAGGAGGAGUCAGGAGGGAUUGAGAUUGAGGACGGAGAGGUACCUAGGUAA